AUGACGACGCGCCAGCCCCUCCAGCCGCUUGCCCCGCCGUCGACCAACACGAUCAACACAGGCUACACACGCCUCACUACACAGCGCGCCAAUGGAAAGAUGGCCGUGGUGGAGGAGCCAGUAGAGGAGGACAUGGGCUCCGUCUCCGGCCUGAGCUCCCUCGAGAAUGAUGCCGACGACUUUGAGAAGCUCAUGAUCCAAAAUGCGCGCGAUGAACGGCGGCUGAGCGAGGCGUUGUAUGGCAGACCUCAGGCGUUCCGCAAAGCGCGGACACAUCCACGCGUUGGCUUGACCAUGGACAACCUCGAGAGGAAGAACGCGGGCGAUGCUGCAGGGCCGUCGUCAGACACGCAGACCAAGUUCCGAACUUCGCCCAGCAGCAGCGGCUCAGCAAGAUCAGACCCGGCCAUUCACGCGCCACCCACCUGGGGCAGGAAGAGCAGGACUAACAGGAACUGGAUGAGGGCCAUCACCUUCGAGGCAGAGCAGGAGCAGCAACAGCAGCAGCAGCAGCAGCAGCAGACCGUGGCCGCACACGAGGAAAAUAACGGCCACUGCGAAGAAGACUACCAGCCACACAUGGACGGUGCAACAACGCCCACGUCCAACCGUGUGCACCGCUCCGUCGAAGACAGCCCGCUUUCACGCAAGGGCUCCUCCAUACAUGGCGCCCCAAACGACGACCGGUCGGGGGAAGCUUGCGCGAGCAGCGCGAAGCUGCGGCACGAGAGGAGAGGCUGCGGGACGCGAGACAGCGAGUAG